CUGGUGGCAUGUGGCAGGAGACGAGGCUGUUGGAUUUAACUGCUUCUGGCUUGCAUGAAAUGAGAUGAAAGAGAACCUCCAAGGGAGCAAAGUUGGCAAGCAGCAAGAACAAAUGCUUGUGGAGUGUGAAGCUGCAGAGCCUUUUUUCAGUCCAGUCUGAACUUGUCCCUGGAGAAAGCCUGCUUUGUAAAGAGCACGAGGGAAGGUGCUCAGUCUGCAGGUGGUUGGGUCCUGGGCAGUAAUCCCUUCUACCACUUGUUCGAUGGCAGCACACUGGGGGCUGUUCAUCUUCAUGGGUGCAGCAUGAAGCUGGAUUGGACAGAAUCGGAGACGGAGGACGGUCACCCUUUGUUCCACACUCUACAGCUCAAGAACAAACUCAUAUGCAGGAUGUCGGAAAUCCUGCCACAGAAAAGCCCACUUAAGACCAUACUUCCACUGAAGCCGGCUCUGGCUCGCUCUGCCUCACAGAAACUGUUGAAUGCCACCAGACCUGUUCCUCCCAUCGAGAGGAGCUCCAUUUCACAAACUCAGGACACUCACAGCGAGGACCUGUCGGACAAGAGUCCAGAGGCUGCUGCCGCUGAAUCACCUGGCAGACCAUGUUCGCAAGCCAGAGAGGGACUUGCAGUACCUACUGUGGUCCCAGAGGAGGUGAAGAUCUCCCUUCAACACCUGAGGAGCAGUGCUGAGAAGAAACGGAAGUUACUUGGUGCCAGCUUAUUUCAGUCUUCAGUUCAGAUGCCAAGUUCACUGGAGAGCAGCUUCCAGCCACUGCUUUCCAGACCUGUGCAGUCAGGAGCCCCCUCUCAGACAAUAGCCCUCUCUGAGAGAGAGACAGUCGUACAGGGGCCAAGCUCAGACUCUGAAGAACGGAAGUCUCUAGGUCCAGGGCACAGUUUGAUUCAGAGUUCACCGCCAUUGGCUGAGAAGGUCAGAGGGAAAAGGUCACCGACAAGCCAGACAACGGUCAUCUCAUUCAGGCUGAGCACGGAGCUGGGUCCAGAUGUAAGCAGACGGGUGUUUGUGGAAGGAGAGGAGACAGAGGCUGAAGGGAGGCCAUCUGACUUUCCGCAGCCCUGCCUCGUGGCGAUCUCGAAGUCAGCACAGGAGAAGAUGCGGCAGAAACAGAGGGAAGAGGUGGAGCAUCAGCAGCUGCAGAAAGAGAGGGAGCUGACGCAACAGCUGCGGGACCGACUGCUGGACAUUGACCCCAACAGUGCCAGUGCCUCACUCCCGGUUCAGGAGUUACUGAACACCAGGGAGUUCAACAAGAUCAACCUCAGUUCCCGGAGCCACAGUCACGGAACUUCACUCCGCAGACGGAUCAACCGUCCCUCGCUGCCAAGUAUUCCAAAUAUGUCCCAGAUGUAUAACGUGCCUCGGCAUUCCUCUGCUCACUCGUUACCUGACUUUCCCCUGGAUUCCCCAGAAGGGGAGAAGGAAUCAGAUGAGGAGAAGCCAUUGGAGAUGAGCUUGUUCUCCCGUCAGGAGCAAGGACUGACUGAGGCACUGAAGCUCCUAUCUAACAGCGACUGGGAGAUGAAGAGGCAAGGGUUGUCUAGUAUUUGUCGCCUGGCCCGAUUCCAUCAGGAGAUUCUUCUAACAAGGCUUCAUGCUGUCUGCUUGGCAGUGAUGAAGGAGGUUAAUAAUCUGCGAUCCAAGGUUGCCCGCUCAGCAUUGCUGACUCUUGGGGAGCUCUUCUCCCAGUUAAAGAGAAGCAUGGACCAGGAAGUGGAAGAGGUGGCCAGAAUCCUGCUCCACAAAACCGGCGACUCCAACGAGUUCAUUCGCGAAGAGGCCGUCAAGGCACUGGGCAUCAUGAUGCACAGUGUGAGCCCGUCCCGGGCACUGACUGCCCUCAUCGCAGGCGGAUUAAAUCAUCGCAAUGCCGCGGUUCGGAAGUGCACCGCUGAGAACCUCCUGCGUGUGGUGGAGCACCUUGGAGUUGGGAGGCUGCUGCUGGGAAACAAGGACAACGUGGACCAGAUUGUGCAGUCUGCGGUGAAGUUCUCACAGGAUGGGAGUCAGGAAACAAGGUUCUAUGGGCGGAAGGUGCUGAAUAUUUUGCUGUCCCAUCCAGAGUUUGGAAGAUACCUGGAAAGCUCCCUUAUGUCCCAGGAUCUGUACCAUAUUAUCGCAACUAUAAAAAAGAGGGGACUUCGAGGUGCUUCUUCAGAUCAUCAUUCGCUGAAGGGUCAUCGGUCAAGGGUCAACAGCUCUUCAAAUUCUCAGGAAGAUGUGCUUACCACUGGAAGGACAGAACGGGACGCACCACAACAGCCGGGGUUGGUGCCCCACCAUUCAAGCCUGCACAGCGUAGAAGUGGUAGAGAAGGUGAAGCAGCUGAACAGGAUGUUGACUGCCAAGGAGUUCCAGGAGAGGAUGCAAGGCAUUUCACUGCUGCGGCAGCAUUGUGAGGCCGACCCGAGGUUCGUCACCUCCAAUAUAGUGGAUAUUUUUGAUGCCUUCACCCCGCGGCUGCAGGAUUCCAACAAGAAGGUGAACCAGUUUGCCCUGCAGUCCUUGGUGACCAUGAUCCCAGUUCUGAAGGAUGACCUUCACAGAGUCCUGCAUUCCACAGUCACCAUUGUCACUGACAACUUAAACUCGAAGAACGUGGGCAUUUACACGGCGGCUCUGCACGUACUUGAUACACUGAUCAAUCACAUAGACAACUUGCUGCUGCUUCAGCCCUUUGCCAGCCGAGUGCAGUUCAUCAAUGGCCGGGCAAGGCACGACGUCACGGAGCGACUCGCAGUCCUGGUGCCGCCAGUCUAUCAGCGGAAGCCUCAAGCAGUGGAGAGGUAUGUUCUACCCGUGCUCUGGUACCUGCUGGGCAACAUGACUGGGAACGGCGUGAUAAAAGGUGGAAGUGUUAACAUGCGGGCAGUGACCGCCAAGCUGGCUGCCAGCCUGCACCAACAGAUGGGCGGCGGACUUCAGGAAUAUGCACAAAGUCAGCCAGCGCACGUCAUCAAGGCUCUCCAGGACCUUACAGAGAAGGAACUUUAAUCAUGGCAAGACCCUUGUACUGGAGUUGGCUGGUUUUAGAUUCAUCUGUGAGAAGCUAUCAGGAAAAGUGCUGUGCUCAUUUAUAAUGAAUCUUCCUUUCGCUUAACCAUUGAUUUUUGUUUAUUAUUAAUGCCAGAGAUUGGUUGGAUUAAAAAGAAGUUAGUUGACUGACAUCGGAGUCAGCCAAUGGUAAUGACAGCCUGAUCAUUCUUCAGUAGCAUGUGAGGGGAUCCAGUCCUGGAUGAGCUGAGUGACAAUGGAGGCAGACAGUCGGAAGACGGAUCCCUUACAAACCUGUCCCGCCAGAGGUAACAGGCAUAGGCAUACUAAAGCCUGUUCCACUCUGUCCAGACAUACCUUCACUACCCACUUCAUACAUCACCAGCCACCUGUCAACACGCCUAAUGUCAAACAAACAUGCACCUCACAAAUACUACAAUACUUUCGAUCCUCGCAUUCAAAGGAGGAUGUGUACGCGCGCGUGCGCACACGCACACACACACACACACACACACACACACACACACACACACACACACACCUUAUAUAACCCAAAUAACCACAACUUGAUUAUCGAUGCACUGUAUUAAUUCUGUCUAAUUUUCUAACAAGCUCUUGCACUCAAAUGGUAUCUGAAUUUAGUCAGAAAACUUAAUGACAAAAAAAACCUCUCAUAAUAGUCACUUAGUUUGUUAGUUUGCCUAAAGUUACAUUGUGAUCGCCGAAAUGCAUCCGCAAUGUUCUAUUACAACUCUGUCUGCCUACAAAUGAAGUGUAGACCCACAGAUUACAAUGCAAGCUUGGUAGAAUGUCUUCAAAAUUUCAGGGUGAUCGGAAAGAAAAUAUGGCAAAAUAGUAUUAACUAGCAUAGAGGUUAAAGGGUAAAGAAUUAACUCUGUACUCAGAUCUAUGUUAAGUCUAUGUACUGAAGUCUCUGCAGCGUUCUCUCUGACUCAGCAAUGACAUUAGAGUGAUGUGCAACCAACCAAAGGGCCUCCUACGCUGAAGCCCUUCUUCAGAACUCUACGUACAGGAACAAAAACAGGAACAGUAGCCUAAUUUCUCCACUAAAACAGACUGGUUAAAAAAAUCUUCCUUUGUAACUCAUGAGGCCUUAAGUCUCUCAUUUUGGAAGAUUUCAUUAUAGAGUGGAAAUGAAAUCAUCUCCUAUAAUGGAUGAUUCCUUUCGGUUGCUUCACUGUCAAUCCAGGACUUCCUGUUACUUUAAAGAAAAAUGUAUAAUUGAUGUUAUGUAAUUUUUUGUUGGAGAAACUUCAAAUAAUAAUAUAUAA